CAGCUCCAACGUCACUCUAUGCAUCAUUAAAACCAACGAAGAAGAAGCGACACCAUCACACAUCACACAAGGAAGAAGAGAUGGCCUCCCUAAAUAACUUCUUUGCUUUUAAUGUCUCUUUUCUGCUUGUGCUCGUGCUGAUCGCGGUUGACGCGUCUGCUGAUCGCACGAGGACGGUGGAGUUUGACGUGAAGCCGGGAGGCGUGGUGCACACGUUCACCGAGGCCGUUAGGGAGUAUGAAUGUUCAUUCACUUACGCUUCACAAGGGGGAACCAAUGAGCAAUGGCUGAUGAGUGUGGGUCUGAGUGACGACGACGGACUGUUUUCCUGCUCUGUGUGGAGGCCUCAGGGGAAGUCGUAUCUGUUCUUCACUCAGUUCAAAGCUGAACUGAAGGGAACCAAAAUUAAAUAUGCAAACGCUUACUCUCAGACGGCGGCUUCAGGACAGAGUGACGUGCCUUUGAAGCCGGAGGAGUUUAUCGUGGGAGAGUCAACAGUGACCCACCAAGAUGGAAAGUUCAACGCGCAACUCUCCAAACUCAGCGCCAUUGGACAGACCCGACACGACGAGCUGUGAUUGGUCAGAAGUCUGCCGUGGCUUCGGUCAUGUGUUGAGUCGCGGAGAUAGACGGAAACCUUCACAGGGGCGGCUUCAAGAAAUGACACUCAGAGCUCAAGAAUCAGAUAAAAAAACUAGUUUUUUCCCCGAUCCAACAAAGAUCUUUGUCAGGCCGUCAAAUAAAGUCUCGACUACCUGCCGAAGACCUUCGUUAGAUCGAAGCGUUGCACAAGAAAUGACCGAUCUCUUGUCUGAUUGUUGAGCUGCGUGGAGCCUCUGUGUUUUGAGCUCGGUAGUAAAUGAAGGAUGGAUCUUGUGGGAGUAAAAACUGUAAACAUUGAAGUGGGAUAGUAACUGAUAAUGCAGCACUGUGUUUUUACAAUGGAUUUGAAAAAGCUGCCUGGGCGAGUAUUCAUAUAUUUUUUACUACAUAAUGUCCCAGUUAAAGUUCUGCCAUAAGAUUUAAGUGCUUCCAUAGUUUGUGAGGCGAUGAGAUUUCCACGGCACAUCUGCUCUGAUGGGACGUAUGUGAAUGUAUAGAGGAUCUGGUGUCCGGGGGCUUGUAGAGUAUAGAUAACGCAUUUAGAGUCGGGAGGAUUUAUCCAUCUCCUGUAAUCCUGAGAGCAAAGUGAAUAAUCUCCAGCACCGUCCUCACACACACACACACACACACACACACACACACAAUUACAUUUUCCUCAAAUCUUCCGCUGUUCUGAGCUCUUUGUUUGCAUUCAUGUAUUCUACAUCGCUGCGAGCACACGUUUUAUCCUUUAAAUUACCAAUUGGUACCACAUGUGAUGGUGUUUGUGUUUUUGGCCUGAAGGGAUAGUUGUGCAGAGCAGAUAGCAGCUUCAUAGUGAAGAUAUCAAGAGACGUGUGUGUGCAGAACACACUGGAGAUCUUUAAACCGUGUCCAUGUGAAUUCAUUGUUGAGGAAAUAUGAUUUAAAUCGUGCUGCCCCGUCUUAGUCUAUUCGUCGACUAAUCUGUGCUUCAGUCGAUUAAGAUUUCUUCAGUUAUUUAAAUCUAUCAGCACAUCUGUGGGAAACAAGAUCUAAAGUGGAUUUUGGCAAAAUUCUUUGUUUUACAGUCAUUUAUUUAUUUUUAAUGAUUUAUUUCCAAGAAAUCUGAGCACAUCUCUGGUGAACAAGAUUUAAAAUCUGAUUUUUGCUCGAUUAUUAUUUUAUUUUUUUUAAUCAACUUAAUCUUAAUAAUUUUUGCAGAAAACAUUUAUUUUAUUUUAUUUCAGGAUAUUUCAUGUCUUCACAAAUACCCUGUUUGAAGUUCAACCCGAGAGAUAUCAUCUGGAUUAUAUUAUAUUUGGAGAAGAUGCCAUCACAUAUUUCUGAGCCCCUCUUGAACCUUUUAUCCUCGAGUGGCACACGUGUGGAUCAGCGAGGGUGUCGGCUCCCUUAUGUUGCCUUUAUCUUCCUCACAUUGAUCCAAUCGUCUUCGAUCCACAAGAUGAGUUCUGGGGAUUGAUUUCAGAUUUGGAGGAUUGUGCUGAUUUGAUUCUGCGCUGGGACUGAGACUCGUACCUUGUUUGCUUCAUGUUGGGACGCUCCCCUCUGUGUCCGGGGCUCGUGUCUGCGUCGAGGCUCCCAGCUGAUCCAGAACAGAAGAAACACAAGAUGUUACUGAUUUUGUACCUUUUCCUUUUCCUUUUUUUUCUACUUCUGAUUCAUGAUGAAAUGUGACGGAUGUUUGAAUAAAGAUAAUUCAUUGCG